UGUGAUAGUUGAAUCGUUGAUUAUUUCAUUUGUUUAGAGAAAUUUUGUCUGGACUGUAUUAAUUUAUGAAUUUUUAAGGAAAUGUCAUGAAAGUCGGAAGUCACGGUUCCAACCCAGGGAAUUCGAACAGUGGGGGGCUUUUUACGAGUAAAAUGGCGGAUAUUUGGGAUGCGUUGGAGAGUUUGAAUUUGGAAAUUAGGGAGCGCUAGACACCUGGAGAUAACUAACCUAUCAGCUGUCAUUGGUUUUUGUUCUUCAGUGUUCGAUGACAUCGCAGCGUACUUUGACCAAUUCAUGAUUAUUCACGAAUACCUGGAGUUUAAAGUGUAACGCGCAGUUUUGGGAUCGUCUGGUUUUGCUCUUGAAGAUGGGGAAUAAGUCGAGUCUACUCCUGAGGGAGGAGGAGAUAGCGCAGAUCCAGGAGGCGACCGGCUUCACACCAAAUCAGAUAGAAAGACUCUACAGCCGAUUCACUAGUCUGGAUCGAGGUGACUGUGGUACACUGUCUAGAGAGGAUUUCCUCAGGAUACCAGAAUUAGCGAUAAAUCCACUCGGUGAGAGAAUCGUCAAUGCCUUCUUCGAGGAGAGUGGGAACGAUCGGGUGAACUUUCUACAAUUUAUGCAGGUGUUGGCGCUCUUCAGGCCUAUCAAGAAGAACAGCACCAACAGACUCAACUCGAGACAGGAAAAAUUACGAUUUGCUUUUAAGAUGUACGAUUUGGAUAACGAUGAUAUGAUAUCGAAGGACGAGUUGAUGGCCAUUUUACAUAUGAUGGUUGGUGCUAACAUAAGUGAGGAGCAGCUCUCGAGUAUCGUAGAACGUACGAUCCUGGAAGCUGACGAGAAUGGAGACAACAUGAUAUCCUUCGAGGAAUUCUGCAAAGUCCUGGAGCGAACGGACGUCGAGCAAAAAAUGUCCAUACGUUUUCUUAGCUAGAUUCAAUUAUAAAUGUAACUUAGAAAAUAGCGAGUAGGCUGGAUAUUUGUAAAUAGACCUUUAAUUGUUUAUAUCCCUCCAACAAUAGCUAAGCCGAUGCCAUAACAGCCUUCAGCCACAAUUUACAAUUACAAUGAUUAAUUUAUUGAAAAAAAAAAACAAAAACAAAUUGGAAACGUGAGUGAACAUGUAUUGAGUAAUAAAAAAAGAAUAACCAGUUUGGAAA